AUGGGCUAACAACACAAAAGCCCAAACCCAACUAAUGAAUAUCAUCAAACAAGACAUGAGAGCUCAGACAGAUUCGCCGGGAAAAAUUCAGAUAUUCCGAUGAAAUCUUGCGAUCGGUUACAGGAAGCGUUGUUGCAGUGCCACCGUCGGAUGCCGGAGGGACCGGCUCGUAAAUCCGGUUGCAGACAUCUGAACAAGGCGUUUGCGGAGUGCGUUGUGUCGGAGGCCUGUCCGGAGGAAUCAGAGGCGGUGAGGUCCUUUUGCUCCAGCGGCGGAACAAGCCUUAAGCGCAAACAGUGCGAGGACGCUCAGUUCUCACUUUCUCUCUGUCUUUCUCGCCAUCAGAGAGGACUCGAGCAACGUUAGGUUUAACGAACGAAACGAAACGUAACGAUUAGAUUAUUCACACGAAUUUGGCGUUUAAUUGCUCUGGCGAGUCCGGUAUUUGGGAAUUAGGGUUAUGGGUUUUUGAAAUUUCGAUUCUUUCUUGAUUUGUUGGAGGAAGAGGAUCGAAGAUGAGAUCAGAGAAGAAUAAAAAAGCUAACUUGUCCUAUCUGUUGAGGAGUAAGCUUCUGCCAAAUGCAAUUGGUAGAGAAUGUGAAGAAUAGUUUUGAGUAGAUGAGAGGAUCAAAAUGUUUAAUUGGGUUCAUCUGCAGUAACCCUUUAGCUGGUUUGAUGUAAUGAAUUGUGUUGAAAUCAAGAAUCCAUUGUUGGGAGGGAUCUGCUUCUGAUUGGAUUGGAUUAUUAGAAUCAUCUUCCUCUGUUUUGUGUAAGAUGUUAGAAUCAAUCACAUCGGCUUCUGUUGCGAGAAUGAUUAAUCAGCAAUCUCUGGUCUAUUGGUUUACUGUAACACCAUUUUGGUGAUGUUUGUCUGUCCCUUAAACACCUAAUUUUUUCCUUUACUUUACCACAAA